AUGGCAAAGACUAAAAAUGGAAAUUUGGUUGUUUGUACAAAAGGUGUUUUUGCGAAAUUAAACCCUGCUAAAAUUAAGUAUGUCAGAGUCCGCUUAUUGAAACACAGAUGCGAUAGACUAAUUUUCAACGCUGCUACCGUUUCUUGCCACGUGGCUAUAUUUGAAUUUAACAUGCACCAACAAUCUCAUGUUGUCCAUAGAUUGCCAGUGCACAUGCCAAAUAACCAUUUUGUUUAUUUUCAGCAAGGACAGGCUGAAGAAGUUCUGGACAGAGCUGCAGAUCAGGCUACAAAAUUAAUAGCUUGGUUUGUGUUAAAUGCAGAGAAUCAUGAUACUCGCCAAUAUAUGUAUCCAGACAUUCUUCUUUGUUUUGUUUUCAAUAAAAACAAAGUUUGGAAAUCAAGACAAGGCGGUCAUGGUAGAAUUAUGUCCAGAAUGUAUAGUGCAAGUCCUCGCGCAGGUGAGCUUUUUUAUUUACGAAUAUUGCUGUUGCAUAAAUCUGGUGCAACUUCUUUUAAAGACUUACAGACUGUCAUUCGCAAAGUUGCUGAAACAUUUCGUGACGCCUGUUUAUUGCGUGGUCUCCCGCAAGAUGAUACUGAACGGAACAAAACUUUGCAGGAAGCUGUUAACUUUCAGCUGCUUCGACAAUGA